UGAAGUUGCGAAGUUUCGUAGCGAAAUCUCGCUGGUUUGAUACAUUUUUUUUCACGAAAAGUACAACACCUUACCGUAGUGUCCGAGUCGAACGAUCGACAGUGCCGUGAUGUCUUCGUUUGAUUUAAAGAAUGAGUCGGAAGUAAAGGAAUACAUUGAAAAGCUGGGCGUGGAAUACCGGUUUGGUUGCUACUCGGAGAAAAAACCGGAAGUUUGUCACCUGCUUGGCGAUUACCUGGAGGGCAUCCGGAAAGAUUUUGAGAAGGCGGCCAAAGUGUACCGAUCGAACUGCGACGACUACAACUACGGCAAGAGCUGCCUGAAGUAUGGCAACUACAGCUUCCUCGGCAAGGGCCGCGCCUCCGACAAGGGCGAUCCGGCAAAGGCUUAUAGCUACUACGAGAAGGGCUGCACACUGAACGAUCCGGACGCCUGCCUGCACAGCGGUCUGCUGCUGGUGUCGAAGGUAAUGCCGAAAGAGAUCACCCGCGACGUACCGAAGGGAUUCGAGCUGCUAAAGAAAAGCUGCGAGAUGAACAACUCGGGCGCCUGUUUCUACCUGUCCGGUAUGUACAUUUCCGGCGUGCUCAAGGACGAGUACAGCCAGGCGAAGAAGGACGCGCAGACGGGUGAGCAAACGGCGGCCGGACACAAAUCGUCCAUCGAACCGACACGACCUCCGGGUGCGUACGUGGUGGAACGCGACAUGGAGAAAGCGUUCGGUUUUGCGUACAAGGCUUGCGAACUGCGGAACAUGUACGCCUGUGCCAACCUCAGCCAGAUGUACGCGAAAGGUGACGGAACGCCACGCGACGAAAAGAAGGCUGAAAUUUACAAAAAGAUGGCCCUGGAGAUGCAGGACGAGGUAAAAAAGCAGCAGCAACUGACAUUCCAACAAGGGCUGAACCCGACGUAGAUCAACGAGACGGACACCAGUCGAAUCGGUAGCAAGCGAAAAGGGACGCAGCUGAGAGGAAAUGAGUGUAGUAGAAGGAUUGCGUUUGUUAUCUUGCACGAGAAUUUCCCUUCGUCAGCGAGGGAAACCGUAGCAAAGCCACUUAUAGUGUUUGGUUAAUUUUUAGUAUUUUUCUUUGCCGUGUGAAAGCGUGUGUGUGCGUGUGUGCUCCGUGGACUGAUUGAUCCAGUCUAUGUAGGUUGAAUGCAGAUAAUAAAUGUUGUUUCAGUUAGGAAGAAAAAGCA